UCUGCAUUUAUGUCCUCAUUAGAGAAGGUCCUUUAUUUCCAAGUUGGAAUUGGAGUCCUCCCCAAUAUAUUUCUUCUUCUUUUCUACACUUUCCUAAUCCUAGGUCACAGACCUAAACUCAUGGAUCUAAUCUCCUGUCAACUGACCCUGGUUCACAUAAUGAUGAUCCUCACUGGAGGAGAUAUUUGGCUUGCAGACAUACUUGAGUCACUAAACAUUAAGAAUGAAAUCAAAUGUAAGGCAACUUUUUACACAAAUAGGGUAAUGAGAGGUCAAUCUAUCUGUAUCACCUGCCUUCUGAGUGUGUUCCAGGCCAUCACAAUCAGCCCCAGUACCUCUUUGCUGGCAAAAUUUAAACAGAAACUUAAAAAAUACAUGAUCAAUGCAUUAUUUUAUAUUUGGUUUUUCAAUUUGUCUGUAAGUAGUAACAUGCUCUUUUAUGUUGGAGGUUUUGCUAAUGUGAGUGAGACUAAGCAGGUGAAGGUCACUAAAUCCUGCUCACUCUUCCCAAUGAACUACAUUGUCAGGGGAUUAAGUAUUGUACUUUCAACUUCCAGGGAUAUGUUUCUUGUAGCAGUCAUGCUGACCACAAGUGCAUACAUGGUGUAUAUUUUGCAAAGACAUCAGAGACAAUACAAGUAUCUUCAUAGCAUCAGCCACCUGAUAGCAUCCCCUGAGAAAAAGGCUACACAGACCAUUUUGCUGAUGGUAGUUUUCUUUGUGGUCAUGUACUGGGUGGACUUCAUCAUCUCACUCACCUCACUCCUGUUAUGGAUAUAUGACCCAGUCGUUCUGACUGCUCAGAAGUUUGUAAUGUAUGCCUAUCCCACAAUUACUCCUUUGGUACAAAUCAUUUCUGAUAAGAGAAUAAUCAAUGUGCUGAAAAACUUGCAGUCAACGUGCCACUAG